UAUGUGGGUCCUAUGUGUGCGUCAGCUGGAGGUGUAACCUGAUGUUACCGGAGGGGCACCGACCUGGGGGCCACCUUGUGGGCUGAAUGUCAUGCCCUCCACCGUUGGAGCAUGGUUCCAUCACCAUGGCACAGCUCAUCAUGAGGUUCAGACCUUUAUGUCAGCAGUUUUCAGUACAGUUGUGGAAAUCUAAAAUACCCUGCAGAACCUACUUUAUUGGACGUGGGAGAUUUACUCGCCCUUCACAUGGAGAGGUUUCCAAGUUAUUGUCAUCUGCCAAUAUCUACCAGCAGUUAGGGCCCAGAACCUUAUUCUGUACAUCUUCACCCCUCAACAAAGACACUGGUGACUCUGCCAAGUUUACGUUGAUCUACAAGUUCCCAGCAAUAAGGUUCUGCAGGGUGGUCUCCAGGCUAAAGCUUGCGCAGACCACCUUGACUGUUUUGCUUCUUCCUCCGGUUUAUUAUUAUUAUUUGCAAGGACAGAUCACACAGUUUUCUGUGAUUUAUUGCACUGGAACUGCUCUUUUUGCUGGCAUCAUGCUGUAUGGUCUUAGCUCUUACCUGCGUAGAAUUAUUGGGAUGCUGUACGUGAAUGACAACCUAACAACGGUGAAGGUUUCCCACAUCACAUUUUGGGGAAACCGAAAAAAUAUUUUCGUGCCAAUUAAUGAUGUAAAGCAGCUUUCAGAAACCGGAGAUGGCAAGCGAGAAAUUCUCCGUCAGUUUGCAAGAUAUAGCAAACCUGAUAUUCUGUAUUUCUCUACUCAGUAUGGUUAUGUCCUAGAUAGAGAGAAAUUCACUUUGGUUUUUGGAGAAUUAGAAUAACUCAAUAUUAAAGAGCCAUUUCUGUCAGUUUAGUUUGUCUGUUUUUAGACUUUGUCCUAUACUUGCACAGAAUUUUGAAUCUAAAAUAUCAUACUAGUAAAAAAUAAAAUGGAGAUUCACUUUCUAGAGCGUCAGCACAUUUAUGGGUAGGUCCAUCUGGUCAGGUUUCCCGAUUCAGUUUUGGAAGCUAAAAUCAGAAGUGGAUUAUAAAAGGAGAGAAAAGUAUAAAGGACGAUAUUCAUUCCUAGUUUUGGCUUGGAAAACCGAAAGUGUGGCCGUACUCUUAUGUCUCCCAGCAGGUAUUACCUUUUAUGUAGUUCAAACAGGAUCCGAAUGACAUCCGAAAUCAAG